AUGUUUAUUAAUUAUAUAAAACAACGAAUACCAGUAACUGAUGUUAAAGAAGAACAUAAUAAAAGGAUAAAUUUUCGUGUAUCAACAACUGUUCCAUUGUAUAAAAUGUUUAGUGUUUCAGCAAAAACACGAGAAGAAUUAGAAAAUAUAAUUGAGGAUUAUACAAUUAUACAAGUAAUACUUGAUGAUGUAUUUGUUUAUUUUGCUAAAAUACAAGAAGAAAAUUAA